GCUGGGGAGAAGUUAAAGCCAGGGGAGGGGCAGGAAUGUCUGAGGUGGCAACACUUCUCUCCAGACAGGCAGCUCUGGCCAGUCUGGAGUCUGUCCACCCUGCAGGCCACAGGCUCUGGAUAAGGAACUGGAGGCACGUGACUAGCCCCCGGCCAUUUAGCCAAAAAGAGCAGGGCCUAGGGUUCCUGACCUCCAGGCCAGUCCUUGCUCCCGACCUGAUGUCAGCUGGUAAGGACGAGAAGUGUUGCCACUACCUCUACGGGGGCUUGGGGCUGGGGGCGCUCCUGCUGCUGGUCGCCGUCCUCCUGUGCACCUGCCUGUGCCGGCUCCAUCGCAGAGUGAAGAGGCUGGAGAGGAGCUGGGCCCAGCUCUCGGAGCAGGAGCUCCACUAUGCAUCUCUGCAGAGGCUGCCAGUGCCCAGCAGCGCGGGACCCGACCUCCGGGGUAGAGACGAGGAAGGCACCAAGGCGGACCCCAGUGCCGACUAUGCCUGCAUUGCCAAUAAAAAACCCACCUGAGCACCCCAGACACCUCCCUCGACCCAGGCAGGUGGUCAGGGUCAUCCUGUUGUUCACCCAGUAAAGACUGUGGUCCCCCA